AUGAGCACGAUCCAGACGGGAGCAGGCGGCAGGGGGCUCGCCUCCUGGGCGGACUCGGGCCGACUGUCGGCGGAGCGCCCUGGGGAGGCGGGAUUCUCCAACCCGCUGGGACGGGAGAGCCGCCUGCAGACGGAGCGCGAGCUGGGGGGGCGGGGUGAAGGGGUCUUCAAGUGUCCGGAGGACCAGCUGCCCCUGGACUAUGCCAAGAUCUAUCCAGACCCCGAUCUGGAGGCUCAGGUGUUAAGCCUGACUAUUCGAUGCAUACACAGUGAGGAGGGGUGUCGUUGGAGUGGCACGAUCCGGCACUUGCAGGCGCACCUCGGCACGUGCAGUUACAACGUGGUCCCGUGCCCCAAUCGCUGCGGCACCAAGUCGAGCCGCCGUGACCUGCCGGCCCACCUGCAACAUGACUGCCCACAGCGCCACCUCAAGUGUGAAUUCUGCGGCACCGACUUCACCGGGGAGGCCUUCGAGAACCACCAGGGCCUCUGUCCCCAGGAGAGUGUGUACUGCGAGAACAAGUGUGGGGCGCGCAUGAUGCGCAGGCUGCUGUCACAGCACAUGCUCGUGGAGUGCCCCAAGCGUACACAGCCCUGUAGUUACUGUGCGAAGGACUUCCUGUAUGAUACCAUCCAGAAUCAUGAGUACCAGUGUCCACGGUACCCUGUCCCCUGCCCCAACCAGUGUGGGGUAUCCAGCAUUGCCAGGGAAGACCUUGGUGGGCACCUGAAAGAAAACUGCACGACGGCCUUGGCGCUCUGCCCCUUCAAGGAGGCUGGCUGCAAACAUCGGUGCCCGAAGCUGGCCAUGAGUCGCCACCUGGAUGAGAGCACCAAGCUGCACCUCGGCCUGAUGGGGGCCCUGGUGACCCGGCAGCGGCAGGAGUUGGCCGAGCUGCGCCGCGAGGUGGAGGAGCUGGCCGUGGGCAGUGACGGCGUCCUGAUCUGGAAGAUCGCGGACUACAGCCGCAAGCUGCAGGAGGCCAAGCAGAGGGCCAACUACGAGUCCUUCAGCCCCCCGUUCUACACCCACCGGUACGGCUACAAGCUGCAGGUCUCGGCCUUCCUGAACGGGAACGGGAGCGGCGAGGGCAGCUUCCUCUCGGUCUACAUCCGGGUGCUUCCCGGCCAGUACGACAACCUCUUGGAGUGGCCCUUCUCCUACCGGGUCACCUUCUCCCUGCUGGACCAAAGCGACCCCUCCCUCUCCAAGCCGCAGCACAUCACGGAGACCUUCCUUCCUGACCCCAACUGGAAGAACUUCCAGAAGCCCGGCCAGGGCCGCGCCUCCCUGGACGAGAGCCUGCUGGGCUUCGGCUACCCCAAGUUCAUCUCCCACGAGGACAUCAAGAAGCGCAACUACGUGAAAGACAAUGCCGUCUUUAUCAAGGCUUUGGUGGAGAUCCCCCAGAAAAUCAUGCCCUGAGCCUCCCCCCCCCCUCCUUCCAGGGAUCGGGUGGGGCCGGUGCCCCAUUGCUGCGGAGGGACCCCUCUGGCUUAGUCGAGGGCUGGAUUGGGGUGUGCAAGGCCACCCCUCCCUCCGAGCAUCUCCCGCCCGAACCCCCACCUUAGGCCUCAGCUGCAAACGGGUCUCUUUC